GUUAUAUCACGAAAUGUGGUGGUUGUUGUUUCUUUUUUACGGAUUUACCGGAUUCCAUGCUCUAGAAUCGGAUUACUACGGUCGUUCAACUACUACCAGCAACGAACAUAGCGAUUGGAUGUCUUAUAUCCCAAAUUCUCGUUCAUUUCGGAAUUUGUCUAUUCCUGGAACUCACAAUUCAGUCAGUUUUCAUGGUGGAGUGUUUGCACGGUGUCAAAGCUUAUUAUUAGCAGAACAGUUCAAAGCAGGAAUUCGCUUCCUUGAUAUCCGAUGCCAUCAUGGUGUGGAUGGUUUACCAAUAUAUCAUGGAAUAAUGUAUCAACAAACUGAUUUCGAUGCUGUGUUGAAUAAAACUGUAACAUUUCUCAAUGAUCAUCCACAAGAAAUUAUAUUGAUGAGAAUCCGACAGGAAUCUAAAGCCAGAGAAACAACCCAAUCAUUAAUUACGUCUGUAAGAAAUCAUGUUGAUCAGUAUCCUUCAAGUCGAUUCUGGAUGUCUGUAGAUUGGCCGUCACUUAGUGAAGCUCGUGGAAAGAUUGUAAUACUUCAAAAUUUUGACACACAUCAUUACGUGUGGGUUCCUUAUGGUUCUAUGUCCAUUGACGAUCAUUGGAAUGUAGCUGGACUGACGAGAAGAUAUCUGUUGAGAAAAUGGCGAUUUGUUAGAGAGCACCUCAAGAAAUCAAGAGUUGGUGUUGACGGUCGUGUCCAUCUGACAUGGAGUUCUGGUGCAAGUUUUAUGGCCCUUCCAUACGCUGUUUCUAAAAAGAUGAAUAGACAUUUGUGGAAGCUGCUCCGAAGAAAGGAAUGGCAGAGAUCAAAUAUGGGUAUUGUUGCAAUGGAUUUUCCAGGUGAUGUGCUGAUACGGCAGAUAAUCUCAACUAAUUUUCAGGAUGGGAUCAUACCAUUGUGAAUGAAUCUGUAAAAAUGAAGUGAAUUGGACAAUAUCUCCCAUUUUUUUUUAUUUACAGUGACAGAUCCGACAUUUUUUUACCAAUCGUACCUUAGCCUCAGUAGCGGGAAUUUUUUAGUUAAGCCAAUGAGAAAUCCAUGUAUGUCCAGAAUUAUUCGCGUUUGAAAGUUAAAAAAGGCGAGUCAAGACAAGACAGUUAUAGAAAUAGGAAAAGAAAUUCCCAGUUUGAGAUCUUUUUGAAGGGAUUGUGCGAUGUUCAUAUAUUUCUUGUACAUCUGAAGACUACAUAAUUCAAAUCACUCUCCUCCCCCCAAAAUGGCGCACAUGUCCUUUUAAAUCAUUCUUUACUUACAAUGUAAACAAUUGCUUAUUAGCUUUAGUAUUCCCUUUAACACUUGAAUACCAUUGCAAUACAUGUAUUAAAAU